AUGCGUGUUGAUUCCUGGCUCGUCAGCAUGGGUACCUCGUUCCCUCUCUGGUCUCUGCUGUGGUUCCUGUCCAGUCCCAGGCUUCAGCUAGGAAGUGCUCAGGCUCCGGCCAUGGUGCAGCUACCAGGUGGGCAAUUUUUGAUGGGGACCGAUGCUCCAGAUGGCAGAGACGGCGAAGGGCCUGCCCGGGAAGUGACAGUCAAAUCCUUCGCCAUUGACGUGUUUCCGGUCACCAAUAAAGAUUUCAGGGAAUUUGUCCGAGAGAAAAAGUUCCGGACCGAGGCAGAGACCUUCGGGUGGAGUUUCGUCUUUGAGGAUUUUGUGCCCCCUGAGCUUAGAAAUGAAGCAAAUCAGAUGCCGUCUGUUCUCUGGUGGCUGCCAGUGCAGAGGGCGUUUUGGAGGCAGCCUGCAGGUCCCGGCUCUGGCAUCCGAGAAAAACUGGAGCUUCCGGUGGUACACGUGAGCUGGAACGAUGCUGUCGCUUACUGUGCAUGGCGGGGAAAGCGGUUGCCCACAGAGGAGGAGUGGGAGUUUGCGGCCCGAGGGGGCUUGAAGGGCCAGGUUUAUCCAUGGGGGAACAAGUUCCAGCCAAACCGCACCAAUUUGUGGCAGGGAAAGUUCCCCAAGGGUGACAGAGCUGAAGACGGUUUCCAUGGACUGUCACCAGUGAGCGCUUUCCCCCCACAGAACAAUUAUGGACUAUAUGACCUCAUGGGCAAUGUGUGGGAAUGGACGGCGUCCACAUACCAAUCUGCUGGCCAGGAUAUGCGUGUCCUCCGGGGGGCGUCAUGGAUCGAUACCGCUGAUGGCUCAGCCAAUCACCGGGCUCGGGUCACCACCAGGAUGGGCAACACUCCAGAUUCCGCCUCAGACAACCUGGGCUUCCGCUGCGCCUCCAGCACAGGCCGACGGAAGGAGGAUUUGUAAGCACCCAGGCAGGGAUGGAGAAGGCCGCCCUCAGUACCAUGUCUCCCUGCCCACGUUCCAGAGGCACUGGAUACCAUGUUCCUUGUCAGCCUGCAGGUGGCCUCCCUCCGAGCCCCUUCUCUCUGGCAGAUAUCUCCUAAGGGCAAAAGAACACGCAGCCCCAAGAGGGGACUACCAUAGCCUGCAAGAGGAGGGCCUGGAUGAUCAUGGCUGGGAGCUGGGUGUUUCUCUGAAGUGCAGGAUUAUGGACAAAGGACCCCAGCGCUCUGGUAUCUGGAGCAGUUCUCCAAAAGACAGCAGUCUGAAAAUCGCUCCCUCUCAGGCAGGCCGUGGUGGCACACAGCUUUAAUCCAGGUACUGGGAAAGCAGAGGCAGGCAGGUCUCUGUGAGUUCAUGACCAGCCUAGUC